UUGCAGGCUAACUGAACAGAGGCAGUGCGGAGCGGCUUCAACGGGGAUGUCCCACCCUUUCUAACACAGGCUCAGGACUCCGAGGGUUUUAGCGGCUCGACACAGGCAGGACUCAGCUCCAAACUUUGAGCGACAUGACGACGCGGUCGGAGAGAGAAAAAGCCCAGAAACUGAAUGAGCAGCAUCAGGCCAUUCUGUCCAAACUGCUGAGAGAAGAAGACAACAAGUAUUGUGCUGACUGUGAGGCUAAAGGUCCUCGAUGGGCAUCAUGGAACCUCGGUGUGUUCAUGUGCAUCCGCUGUGCCGGCAUCCACCGCAACCUGGGCGUCCACAUCUCCAGAGUCAAGUCUGUCAACCUGGACCAGUGGACUCCUGAGCAGAUCCAGAGUAUGGUGGACAUGGGCAACACCAGGGCCAGAAAGCUGUACGAAGCCCACCUACCGGAGAGCUUCAGACGACCGCAGACAGACCAAGCUGUGGAAGUCUUCAUCCGGGACAAGUACGAGAGGAAAAAGUACUAUGACAAGGAGGCCGCGGCCACAGCUCCACAGAAGUCAUCUGAAGCUGCUCCUCCCUCCAGCUCGCCGUCCUCCCAGGCUGACAGGAAUAGACAGGAGAAGGAGCGUGAAAAGAAGAAGGAGGAGAAGAAGAAAGAGAAGGAUGCUGACAAAGGGGACAGACACAACAACACAAAGGCAGAGUGCAGAGCCAGCCCCAAGAAAGGCACAGAGGCGGCCGUGGACCUGCUGGGUCUGGGUAAGGCAUGA